CAUCCUUAAUAGAGCAUGAUUAACUCAGCAAGAGAAUCAGAGAGCUGUUGGAUUACAGCAGCAUUUUCAGCUCUGUAGUUUAAUGUAGUUCAAGGAUUUUAUUAUAAUGUCGGCGGUUCAUCUGUUUCUGCAAACAUGUUGGAAAAUGGGCCAUCGAAUAAAUGCAAGGGACUUGGAUAUAUUUUUCAUUAUUUACUCUCCUUUUUGGCAUUUCGUGUGGAGAAGUUCGCUACGUUCUUCCAGAGGAGAUGCAGAUGGGAUCGGUUAUUGGAAAUGUUGCUCGGGAUUUGGGACUGGAGGUGUCGGGGUUUGAUGCUCGUCGAGCCCGGGUCAUUGCAGAAGGAACCGACAAGCUCUGUGAACUGGACACAAUGUCAGGCAAUCUUUUGAUCAGCCAACGGAUAGACCGAGAGGAGCUGUGCGCACAAGAGACUGUCUGCAUCCUUCAGUUUCAGCUUUUACUUGAAGAUCCUCUUCAAGCAUUCAGCUUAGCUUUGGACAUUGCAGAUAUAAACGACAACAGCCCCAUGUUCGCUGCAGGGGAUUUCAAACUAGAUUUAGUGGAAUCCACCGUUGUGGGGAGGCGCUUUCCUCUAGAAAGCGCGCACGACCCUGAUCUUGGCACCAAUUCAAUCCGUGAAUAUAAAUUGAGCCAGAAUGAUCACUUUGCACUAGAAAUGAGCUCCCAAAUGAAUGGCAAUGCUUACCCGGAGCUUGUUCUUAAAAAGCCCUUGGAUCGAGAGGCUCAAACUGAACAUGUACUGGAAAUCAUUGGAAUUGAUGCGGGAAUACCUGUCAGAUCAGGAACUGCUUCUAUCCACAUCCAUGUUUUGGACGCAAAUGAUAAUGUCCCAGUUUUUACCCAACAAGUUUACAAAGCCUCUAUAUCAGAGAACUCAGCGAUAGGGACUGUCAUUGGAACCCUGAAUGCCACGGACUUGGACAGCGGUGUUUAUGGAGAGAUAACUUACUCCUUUAGUCACCUGUCCGACAAGAUGGGAGGAGUUUUUUGAAAUCAACCCUAAAAGUGGACAACUUCGGGUGGCAGGUGUUAUUGACUAUGAAGAAACUAGCUCCUAUGAGCUGGAUGUUCAGGCCAAAGAUGGUGGGGGUCAGGCCUCUCACUGUAAACUUCAA